UCUUUAGAUUGAGCAACAUCUUGAGUAUGAGCUUAAAUCAGCACUUGAUCUCUGUCUCUUUGGUCCCCGGUGUCGACGCUGUGCAGAGCCAUGUCUCACCGCAAGUUCUCCGCGCCACGCCAUGGGCACCUGGGCUUUCUGCCCCACAAGAGGAGCAGGCGCCACAGGGGCAAAGUGCGCAGCUGGCCCAGGGAUGACCCCAGCAAGCCCGUCCACCUCACCGCCUUCCUGGGCUACAAGGCGGGGAUGACCCACACCCUGAGAGAGGUGCACCGCCCGGGGCUCAAGGUGUCCAAGAGGGAGGAGGUGGAAGCGGUGACCAUCAUCGAGACGCCCCCUGUGGUGGUGGUGGGGAUUGUGGGAUACAUUGAGACGCCACGCGGGCUGCGCUGUUUCAAGACGGUUUUUGCAGAGCACCUCAGUGACGAAUGCAAACGCCGGUUCUACAGGAACUGGUACAAGAGUAAAAAGAAGGCCUUCAGCAAGUUUUCCAAGAAGUGGCAGGAUGAGGCUGGCAAGAAGCAGCUGGAGAAGGAUUUUGACGCCAUGAAGAAAUUCUGCAAAGUGAUUCGGGUCAUCGUGCACACUCAGAUGCGCCUCCUGCCUCUGGCCCAGAAGAAGGCCCAUGUGAUGGAGGUGCAGCUGAAUGGGGGUUCGGUGUUGGAGAAGGUGGACUGGGCCCGCGAGCGCCUGGAGAAGACCGUCCCCGUCUCCGCCGUCUUCACGCAGAACGAGAUGAUUGACGUCAUCGGAGUCACCAAGGGCCACGGUUUUAAAGGGGUGACGAGCCGCUGGCACACCAAGAAGCUGCCCAGGAAGACGCACAAGGGUCUGCGGAAGGUCGCGUGUAUUGGAGCCUGGCACCCUGCCCGCGUGGCGUACUCCAUUGCCCGUGCCGGGCAGAAGGGCUACCACCACCACACUGAGAUCAACAAGAAGAUCUACCGCAUCGGGCAGGGAGCUCACAUCAAGGACGGCAAAGCGAUCAGGAGCAACGCCUCCACCAGCUACGACACCACUGAGAAGAGCAUCACGCCUAUGGGGGGGUUUCCCCAUUAUGGCGAGGUGAACAGUGACUUCAUCAUGCUGAAGGGCUGUGUGGUGGGCACCAGGAAGCGCGUCCUCACCCUCAGGAAGUCCCUGUUGGUGCACACCAGCCGCAAGGCCUUGGAGCCCAUCGAGCUCAAGUUCAUCGACACCACGUCCAAAUUCGGCUACGGGCACUUCCAGACAGCGCAGGAGAAGAGAGCCUUCAUGGGACCCCUGAAGAAAGAUCUGCUGAAGAAACUUCCCGUGCCACAAGAGGAGGAGGAGGGGAUGUAGAGGAUCAGGGAGGAGCUAGGAGCGACUAAUCUCAGGCGAACUUGAAAUCAAGACUCCCAUCCCAGAAUGUGUAUAAAGUAUUCCUCCUGAGCCUUUAUGCUUUUGAGAACUGUAAUACAACACAAAUAUCUUAAGCAAAACAGUAA